UAUUUGUGUGUAUUACUGUAAUUUACUGCUAAUUUAAUUUGAGAGUAAAUUUGGAAUUGAUUUACAGCCUCUCGGGUUAAAAAUAGCUAUAUGCAGUAAGAUCACGAAUUAUUUCAGACAACAGACUUGAUGGAAACCUUCAUACUGAAGUGUUUUCCCGCUAGCCAACGGUAUUUGUAUCGCUGUUGUCAUGUAGUUCUACCCACUACAGCCAUGUGUCAGAUUGAGUGAUGGGAUAAUUGGCAGCACCUGGCUGAGUCCUCACCACUGCAGACGCACACGGCCUCCAGCGGGUUUUAACACUGUGGACCUGCAAGAGUCUAUCACAGAAAACAAAUAAUAGUUUUAAAAUGCUUGAAGCAAAGUAUCCAACUUUAUUUAUGUUUGUUACCGCAUUAUUGAUGGUGAGGUGUCAUAGCGCUGAACAUGCUCCUGGAAAAGGUGCCAAUUGUGGCGAACUUUCUGCAACUGGCAAACUGGAAACAUUUGAUUUCCCCUUUAACUCAACCAACAUGACUCACUUUGCCUAUGGGAUUGUUGCAAAUGCGGUUGCUGUGCUGUUGUAUGGAAGUAACUUUGUUCCUGUCAAAAGAAUAGAGACAGGAGAUGGUAUGUUUUUUCAGUGGGUAACCUGUGCAGCGAUAUGGACUGUAUCUAUGGUUGGAGACUUGGUGCUUCAGUCGCCCAAAUUCUACCCUUUUGCAAUGAUUGGAGGUUUCAUCUGGGCUACAGGGAAUAUAGCAGUUGUUCCAAUUGUUAAAGCGAUUGGCCUCUGUCUUGGGAUUUUAAUUUGGGGAUCCUCUAGUUUGUUGAUGGCCUGGGCCAGUUCAAGAUUUGGUUGGUUUGGGAUUGAUGCUCAGGAUGUUUCCAGGCCGAUGUUAAAUUAUUGUGGAGCCGGGUUGUGUCUGCUCAGUUGCCUGAUCUUUUUCUUUGUGAAAACAGACGUGGAUCUGCAUCCCAACUCAGAAUCAAUUCCAUUGCUUAUUGACAGGAGAUCAAAUUCUAGCAGCUAUGGAUCAAAUUCCUCAAAGUUCUGGAUAGAUUUCAUCGGACCAAAGACCAGACAGUUCAUUGGCUGCCUACUUGCUGUUGUGUCAGGCCUGCUGUACGGGUCCUCCUUUGCACCCAUCCUCUACAUUAAAAGCCGUUCAUCGUGCAAUGACAGCAUGUUCCAUGGAGCCAGUGUUUAUGACAUCGACUAUGUCUAUGCCCAGUGCUCUGGCAGUUUUGUUGCAAGCACAGUGUACUUUACCAUCUACUGUGCUGUCAUGAAUAACAGGCCCAGAGUGUUCUCCAGAGCCAUCUUACCAGGUCUAUUGUCUGGAUUGAUGUGGGUAAUGGCUACAUACUGCUGGUUCCUGGCCAAUAACUACCUGAGUGAGGUUAUUACCUUUCCCAUUGUUUGUGCAGGAUACGGUCUGGUUGCAGCAUUGUGGGGGUCUUUAGUGUUUAGAGAGAUUAAGGGGUUAACCAACGGCUUCAUCUUCUUCUUGGCCUCCAGUCUCGUGCUGACCGGUUCACUGCUGACUGCCAUCUCAAAUCUCUAAUAAUGCAAAAAACACCUUGUGAUUGGCAUAUAAACACACAUUUACUCCUGUUUCCAACUAACUUACUAACUACAAAACUAACAAAACUCUUUGAACCCCAUUAAAAUAAACCAGAAUACAUAGUGGUUGAGCUGAAUGUAAAGCUUUCUUUGUUAGAUUUGGAAAAAUUUCCUUUCGAACUAGCAGGGUUUAUACUCUGAGCUAACAUUUGGUGGAACCACCCUCAUGCUUUCUGGAGGAAGUUGCUCAAAAUGCUGUUUGCAUUUGUUAAGUAUAUCUUUUCACUUAUGCUGUGUUACUAAAAAUCACUCUCAAGCUAAUGGUGGUUUUAGAGGGUCUGUAACAUUAAGCUGUUUUUAUACUAUACUGACGGGUUAUUUUUUUUGUGUCACUGUUUUGCUUUGGAUAGAGUGACAACAUAAGUGUCAUGUACUUGUGCUCCUAGAAAGAACAUUUAAUAUAUGCCUUUGCUUCAUAUAGAAAUCUGGCAAAGUAUUUAUUUCUGUCAACACUGGUUGUUUUCCCACAGUUGACAUUUAAGUGUACUUUGGUUUGGACGGCGCAUAUGGGAGAACAUGGACAGGGGGGGUCUUUUCUGAAAAAAUGUAUGGGGCUUAUUAAAGCACAUAGGAGGUGGAGGAGGUUGUUACUAAGAGUUAUACAAUUAGUCAAUAAAAAGUGACAGUUACAAAUAAAACAAAAAAACCUUUUCGUGA